AGAUAUUAUGCCACGCAGACCGUUCUCUAUCCGGGCGGGAGGAUUAUUGAUGACAAGGCCAGCUUAUCAUCGUCUUCGAAUAUGGAACCAUCUCAGUAUCCAUGGUAGGGUGCUGCAAAAGCCCAAAAAUGGCCUCCUCUUCCUUCAUUUCCACACAGCAAUACCUAUCUUCCUGUAAGUUCUCAUCAACUCUCAUCGCUUUCAAUUGUUCUUGUUUUUCACGCUUUCCCAGUUUCUUUCCUCCCAAACACACACUUCGUUUAGUUAUAGGAGAUAGAUUUGUGGGAGAAACUUCAACUACUACCAGAGACCGUAAACCUUCGAAGAACCUUUCGUUUUCGAUAACCCAGAAGCUAAGUAAAAAUGGGUCUCGUCGUUUAGGGUCUGGAAAUGAAACACUGGUUAAGAAAUCUGUGGAAGACCUUGUUAAUUUAGAGGUGGAGGAGAAAAAUGGGAAAAGGGUUGAGAGGGAUAAAAACGUUAGGAAUAGCUCUGGUUCUGCUAAUGGAAUUAAAACGGGUUCUGGGAUUUCUAAUAUCAAGUCUAUAAGUGACAAUAGUUCACUGAAAGUUUCUGGUGGUUCAAGGAAUGGUGAGAAGGUUAAAGAAAAGAGCAUGCGGAAACAGGUGGUAGAGGAGAGGGAUAAAUUGUCUAAAGGGAGUAAUGAAAUCCCAUUUAGAGCUAACUUGGAUAUGUGCUCCAAGAUGGGGGAUUUCAUGGGGGCAAUUAAAUUGUAUGAAUGGACUCAAAGAGAAGGAAUUAAGCUGGAGCAAUAUCAUUAUGCUGUCAUGAUGUAUCUUUGUUCCUCAGCGGCUUUAGGUGUUAUUCAACCCGCUAAAAGUGGUCGUGGUAACCGAACUUUGAAUUCAUUAACUUUGUCUGAGGUGGGUUCUUAUGAAAAUCCCAUUACACUUGGUGAAAAGCAUGACAAUAAGGAGAAUAUAGUUCAAUCUACAAAUAUUCUGGAAGAUGAAGAUUUAAAAAGAUAUGCCCUCAAGAAGGGAUUCGAGAUCUAUGAGAAAAUGCGUGCUGAAAAUAUCCCGAUGAACGAAGCAACAUUGACAUCUGUGGCUCGAAUGGCAAUGUCUGUGGGCGAUGGUGAUAUGGCGUUUGAUAUAGUGAAGCAGAUGAAGCCAUUAGGACUUAAUCCAAGAUUGCGCUCUUAUGGCCCUGCGCUUUCUACUUUCUGCAAUAAAGGGGAGAUAGAUAAAGCAUUUUCAGUUGAGAAGCACAUGUUGGAGCAUGGUGUCUAUCCGGAAGAGCCCGAGUUGGCAGCGCUUUUAAGAGUAAGUAUAAACGCAAGUAACGCCGAAAAGGUGUACUAUUUGUUGCAUAAAUUAAGAACAAGUGUAAGACAAGUCUCAACCUCUACUGCAGAUCUUAUUACUACCUGGUUCAAGAGCAAAGAUGCAACAAGAGUGGGAAAAGUAAAACUGGAUAAAGUGAAAAUAAGGCAAGCUAUAGAAAAUGGCGGUGGAGGUUGGCAUGGAUUGGGAUGGUUGGGAAGAGGAAAAUGGAAUGUUUCAUCUACAAAUGUUGGAAAGGAUGGCAUUUGUAAAGCCUGUGGGGAAAAAUUGGUAACAAUUGAUCUUGAUCCUAUUGAAACUGAGAAUUUUGCUGAAUCUGUUGCAGCCAUAGCUACAAAAAGAGAGAAAAAUUCAAGUUUUCAGAAAUUUCAAAAAUGGCUUGAACAUUAUGGACCAUUUGAAGCAGUGAUAGAUGCUGCUAAUGUUGGCCUGUUUAUGGAAAGAAACUUCACACCAUCUAGAGUCAAUUUAAUUGCCAAUGGAAUACGGCAGAAGCUUUCUUCAAAGAAGUGGCCUCUGAUUGUAUUGCAUCACAGGCGAAUCACUGGACGUAAGAUGAAUGAAGCAGUCAAUAGAACAUUGAUUGAGAAGUGGAAAAAUGGAAAUGCACUAUAUGCAACGCCUACUGGAUCAAAUGAUGAUUGGUACUGGUUGUAUGCAGCAAUCAAAUUCAAAUGCUUGCUUGUGACGAACGAUGAGAUGCGAGACCAUACGUUCCAACUUCUUGGAAAUGAUUUCUUCCCUAGAUGGAAAGAAAGGCAUCAAGUGCGUUUUAGUUUCUCUGCUACUGGUCCAGUGUUUCACAUUCCUCCACCCUGUUCUGUCGUAAUUCAGGAAUCAGAAAAAGGCCAUUGGCAUGUUCCCAUUGCAUCAGAGCAUAGUUACGAAGAAGAUAGAGAAUGGCUAUGUAUUACAAGAGGGAAAUCACAAUUACACAUGACGAGACAAGAGGAUCCGCUCAAAAUUAAAGAAACGCCGAAUCAAAAGAAUGAGUCAGAGCCGAACAAGCACAGCCAAAGCCUGCCUACCUAAGGAUUCUUCUUCUCAGCGAUGGAAAUUUGGAAACUCAAGCCGAAGUCAAAAUCUAGAAACAACCCUCGAGCCAAGUCUGCACGAAGAAUUUUUCACAGAAAAAUUACAAAAGUCUCCACCAAGUAUUUUCUGCAGCUGUUUUCAUGAACAAAUGCAACUUGCUAUUAGAAAUAGAGGCCGCAGAAAAGCUUGGUGGCCGCACCAUUGACUUCCAAAUAUGGAAAAUAAAUAAAUCUUCCAUGGUUGGCUACCACACCAAAAUUUCCCUUUUCUUUUGGAUCUUAGUGUUGUAUCUGUAACUCGGAUAUUCUUCACUUGCAUAUCAAUGAGUAGUGAAGAGAAAGGAACGAAGGUUGAUCAUAA